UCUUCAAAGCUUGUUUGCUGCAGGAGCACAGCGCGGUGCAUCUUCUGCGGUGAUUGAAAAAUCGGAGAGAGACAGAGUGACCACCACGCGAUGUCGUUCUCGCGCCUGUCCAGCUCCUUACCCUUUUCCCGUCUCUUCAAGCAGUUGGAGCAAGAAGCGGAAACAGUAGUGAGGGUGUUGCAGCCCGGACCUUUGGGAAUCAUAGAGCACAAGUUCUCGACUGAGGAGAUAAAUGAGGCCAAUGCCACAGUCUGCCGAGCAGUAGGAGCUUGGAGAAAAAGUGCCGAACUAGAGAAAAGAAACCCGUUCUUGAGAGAUUAUAUCGAAUCAUGAGGGAAGACCGAUAGCUCUACUUCCCACAAGAUCCAUUUCAUCGCUGAUUUGAUUGGUAGCAAUUGUUGAUGGUAGGAAUCAUAGAAGUAGUAAUGAGUGGAAGGCAUGCUAGUUCCUUCUUUUCCUGCCCAGUUGCUAAACUGACUAUUAUUUUUGCCGAAGGAUGUGUAUGCCAUGCAUUGCAUGAAAAAGGAAAUGCGAACUAAGUUGUGCUUGCUCGUACCCUUAAAUUAGGCAGCGAAUGACUCUAUGCUUACCUUUGAGAAGGUGCCUAAUACUCUUGUCUUACUCUUAUGUAGUUCACCUAGCUUUAGAGUGUUUCUGUAGUGAAAAAGUGGAGGUACCUUUCCGAGUUGCAUCAUUGCAGGUUUGAUCUUAUCUUUGCCGCACUUUCUUUCACGGACUCAUAAUGGGAA